AUGAGUGUUAAAAGGGGAAAUUGGCUCAAGCAUGGAUCUAAUCUUAGUUUGGUGAUCUUAGUUCUGUGUUUGGUUUGUUAUGUUGGUAAUUGUCAAUUUGAGGACACCAGUGAGUUCGACAAUCCAGCUGUUCUUCCUCUCAUUACUCAGAUGAUUUAUCGUAGCCUCUCUAAUAGCACCGCUGCUCUUAACCGCGAGCUCGGUACACGAGCAAAGUUUUGCGUUAAAGACCCGGAUGCUGAUUGGAACAGAGCUUUUAAUUUCUCUACCAACUUGGAAUUCUUGUCUUCUUGCAUUCGGAAAACCCGAGGUGAUAUUGGUAAACGUAUCUGCACAGCAGCAGAGAUGAAGUUCUAUUUUAAUGCUUUCUUCAAUAAAUCGAGUGAUCCGGGAAACUUGAGACCGAAUUUGAAUUGCAACUUGACUUCAUGGGUCUCUGGUUGUGAACCUGGAUGGGGAUGCAGUGUUGAUCCAACCGAACAAGUCAACAUCGAAAACUCAAAAGAUUUUCCUGAAAGAACACAGAACUGUAUGUCUUGCUGCGAAGGGUUUUUCUGUCCCCGUGGCCUCACUUGUAUGAUACCUUGUCCCCUUGGUGCUCAUUGUCCCGUUGCUACCCUUAAUAAGACAACAACCUUAUGCGAACCGUAUACUUAUCAAUUACCACCAGGAAGACCAAACCACACUUGUGGAGGUGCAAAUGUAUGGGCCGAUAUCAAAAGCAGCGGCGAAGUAUUCUGUUCCGCAGGAUCCUAUUGUCCAACCACAACUCAGAAACUAAUAACCGGUUACAUUUUUUAUGUUGAUUCAGGCACUACUGUCGAAUGGGGUCUACGUCUGAGAAGCGCUGCUGUGAGUACUAUUCUACUCAUUAUAUACAAUUGUUCUGAUCAAAUCCUUACAACGAGGGAGAGGAGGCAGGCGAAAUCAAGAGAAGCAGCGGUGAAGAAAGCGAAAGCUCGUCAGCGAUGGAAAGCUGCUGCUAAAAAGCAUGUAAGUGGGAUCCGAGAUCAAAUAACUCGGACAUUUUCAGGUAAAAUAGCCAGUCAAGAUGGAAGUAGUUUCAAGAGGUUGGGUCAUGGGGACUCUUCUGAGGUAGAUGAAGAUAUAGAGAUGUCCAAAUAUUCAAGUCCUGCGAGUUCCUCUGCGGCACAAUCUAGUUAUGAGAUCGAGGAUGAUGCAAGAGCAAAUCUUGAAAUAGGAGGGAAGAGAGUAAAAGGACAUACUGUGGCCAAAACUAAGAAAACACAAAGCCAAAUGUACAGGUAUGCGUAUGAUCGGAUCGAGAAGGAGAAAGCUAUGGAGCAAGAGAAUAAAAAUCUUACCUUUUCAGGAAUAGUUAAAAUGGCUACUAACUCGGAUACAAGAAAGAGGCCUCUCAUGGAGCUUUCUUUCAGAGAUUUAACUCUUACCUUGAAAUCCAAUGGUAAGCAUGUGUUGAGAUGUGUCACAGGAACCAUGAAACCAGGUCGUAUCACAGCUGUUAUGGGUCCAUCAGGAGCAGGAAAGACAAGUCUUCUUUCUGCUUUAGCCGGGAAAGCCGUUGGAUGCAAAUUAAGUGGUUUGAUUCUUAUAAACGGGAAGCAAGAAUCGAUCCAUUCAUAUAAGAAAAUCAUUGGUUUUGUGCCACAAGAUGACAUUGUUCAUGGUAACUUGACAGUUGAGGAAAAUCUUUGGUUCCAUGCUAAAUGCAGAUUAUCUGCAGGUCUAACGAAAGCUGACAAAGUUCUUGUGGUUGAGAGAAUCAUCGACUCUUUGGGGCUACAAGCUGUGAGGAAUUCUUUAGUUGGUACCGUAGAGAAGCGAGGAAUCUCAGGAGGGCAGAGGAAACGAGUUAAUGUUGGUUUGGAAAUGGUAAUGGAGCCUUCCAUUUUGUUUUUGGACGAACCUACUUCUGGUUUGGAUAGUGCCUCAUCGCAGCUUCUGCUUAGAGCACUUCGGCAUGAAGCCCUCGAGGGAGUCAAUAUUUGCAUGGUGGUUCACCAACCAAGUUAUACUUUGUUCAAGACGUUCAAUGAUCUACUACUUCUCGCGAAAGGUGGCCUUACUGUUUACCAUGGAUCAGUCAACAUAGUCGAAGAAUACUUCAAGGGACUUGGAAUAAUUGUUCCAGAACGUAUCAACCCUCCUGACUAUUACAUUGACGUUUUGGAAGGAAUUGUUAUUUCAGAUGGGAAUUCUGAUGUUGGCUACAAAGAGCUUCCUGAAAGGUGGAUGCUUCACAAAGGGUAUUCGGUGCCAUUCGAUAUGCGGAACAACAGUGCUGCUGAACAUGAAACGGAUCCGGAGAUAGGGAAUAAUCCGAGCAACAAUGCAGAACAAACAUUUGUUGGAGAGUUGUGGGGAGAUGUGACGGGUAAUUUCAGGUUACGUCGUGAUAAAAUACGGCAUAACUUCUUAAAGUCCAGAGAUUUAUCCCAAAGAAGAACACCUUCUAUGUUGCUCCAAUACAAAUAUUUUCUUGGAAGGAUAGCUAAGCAGCGAAUGAGAGAAGCUCAAUUACAAGCUACAGACUAUUUGAUCUUAUUGCUAGCUGGAGCUUGUUUAGGAUCACUGGUCAAAGGAAGUGAUGAGAGCUUUGGAGCUGCUGGUUAUACCUACACUAUUAUCGCCGUUUCUCUUUUGUGCAAAAUAGCAGCUUUAAGAUCAUUCUCACUAGACAAGUUACAUUACUGGAGAGAAAGUGCUUCGGGGAUGAGUAGCUCGGCUUGUUUCCUUGCCAAAGAUACAAUAGACUGUUUCAAUAUACUUAUCAAGCCAUUGGUUUAUCUCUCCAUGUUCUACUUCUUCACGAACCCAAGAUCCACAUUUUUCGAUAACUACAUUGUUUUGGUCUGCCUCGUAUAUUGUGUGACUGGUAUCGCAUAUGCGUUGGCUAUCUUCCUCCAUCAGAGCUCCGCCCAGCUGUUUUCUGUUCUUCUUCCAGUCGUUUUAACACUCGUUGCAACUCAACCGAAGAAUAGUAAAGCAAUGAAGAUCGUAGCUGAUUUAUGUUAUCCAAAGUGGGCUUUAGAGGCAUUUGUGAUUGGAAAUGCUCAAAGGUACUAUGGAGUAUGGAUGAUUACUCGAUGUGGAUCGCUUAUGAAGAGUGGCUACGAUAUUAAUGAAUGGAAUAUAUGUAUAAUGAUAUUGCUUCUCAUUGGUGUCGUCACUCGUGGAAUGGCCUUUGUUGGGAUGAUCAUACUUCAAAAGAAGUGA